GCAGAACAGACUGUGUGUUUGUGAAGAACACUUUCCACCUGACACAAAGUGCGAGUUAUGAAGUUGUGCUGAAGUUCGGAGAUCUUUGUGGAUUUACAGUGAAACUGCGACCGUCGGAUCCGUCUGGAGAGACAGUGAGAUGGGCAGUAAAGCUUUACCGGCCCCGGUCCCGCUCCAUCCGUCCCUGCAGCUCAACUACUCGUUCCUGCAGGCGGUCAACUCUUUCCCCGCGGCCGUGGAUCAUCUGUACGGGCUCGGUUCGGUCCAGACGAUGCAGAUGAAUAACUGGACUCUGGGUUACCCUCACAUUCAAGGCCUCGUGGACCCUCGCUUUCCGUUCUCCGCCGCUCUUCCGUUCGCCGCGCAUCUGUUCCAGCACAAACACGGAUCCGUGACGCGCGUCAUUCCCGCGCUGUACAAGGACAGACCCCGGUUCGACUUCGCCAAUCUCGCCGUGGCGGCCACGCAGGAGGAUCCACCCAAAGCCGGCGAGCUCUCCAAACUGAGCGCCGAGCUGAGUAAACUGUCCCCGGACAGAAAGCCCACGCGGGGCAGACUGCCGUCCAAAAGCAAAAAGGAAUUUAUUUGUAAGUUUUGCGGGCGACACUUCACCAAAUCCUACAACCUGCUGAUCCACGAGCGCACGCACACGGACGAGCGGCCGUACACCUGCGACAUCUGCCACAAGGCCUUCAGGAGACAAGACCACCUGAGAGACCACCGGUAUAUUCACUCCAAAGAGAAACCGUUCAAAUGUCAAGAGUGCGGGAAGGGCUUUUGUCAGUCGCGAACUUUGGCUGUUCAUAAAACGUUGCAUAUGCAGGAAUCACCUCACAAAUGCCCCACAUGCGGAAGAACCUUUAAUCAAAGAAGUAACCUGAAAACUCACCUUCUCACCCAUACAGACCUCAAGCCUUUCUCCUGCGGCCGCUGCGGGAAGGUGUUUCGGCGCAACUGUGACCUGCGACGCCACAGUUUGACACACACACCGCAUCAGGACUAACACACACACACACACACACACACACACACACUGAUCUAGAGCCUCUUGUACAUGCGGACAUGUUUCAAACGAAGAGACAUCAAGGACACGAAUGCACCUGAACAGACUCUAUGUAAAUAAAAUGUGUUAUUAUUUUUAUUAUUAUUGCCUCGGCAUCAGAUCUCAAGUUUGUCUCAAAGUGUUUCACAUCGGGGGGAAUUCAUGAAGCAGGACUGAUCACAAACAUGUUUCAGCCAAAGCCAAUAAAAUAUGAUUGAGAAAACUCUCAGUUCUCGCGACUGGGUUUGUUCAGAAAAUGUCUCUUCGGGUCUUUUUUAUUAUUAUUAUUAUUAUUAUUUUAAAUC